AUGUUUGGAUCCAUCCUAUCGCGCUCCAAAUGGCGCGAUACUUUGUUGUUUGGGAUUCUACUCUUGGUAGUCGGUCUUCUGCUCUUCUCUCAGCAGGGCUUGCACUAUUUCUCGACAAUACCAACGUUUGCGGGGAUUGAUACUGUGUCCAACUCAAAUUGGACCAGGGUGGCAACAACGAGUGCCUCGCUGACGCACGUGUAUCAGGACAAUUUGCUCCAUCACAAGGUGUGGAUAGUGCCAUUUGACGACAUGUGGCACAUCGGGCUUUCGGAGUUGGCUUGGCGUGAUUCUUGCAGAGGGUCAUUGGGGGCGGUGGAAUCUCAUGUGACCAGCGGAGCAUCGAUUGCAUCCGUAGUGAGUGAAGUGGCAGGUCGUAUGCGGCGAAUGAGUCGAGUGGGGCCUUUGAUACCGCUUGGUCGUCCAUUCUUACUGAAGCGCGGAAGCGAACAAGAAGUAGUUCACGUGUUUGCACUCAUCGUCCAAGAUGUAUUCUCAAGGAGGCAGCAGCAGUCAAGUUUCACGCAGGUGAUCAAGCCUGUGCAAUUGAUGCAGGACACGUCUACACCUGCACAUACAUCCGAAGAGUGGUCAAAACAGAUGCAACAAAACUACUGUUCGGCAGAGCGCGCGCGCUGGCUCGGGCGUGCGGUGUCGUACGCCAUGCGGCGGUUCAAUCUGAAAGGGCUAGUGCCAAAAUCAAAUCCGAUGGAGGACGCGCGGCACAACGACGCGCUCUGCUGCCGGCGCGACAUCGACGAGACCGAGGACCUCCUGCACUGCGCGCUCCCUUGCGACGGCGAGGGGCUGUACAACAUAAUAUCGCGGUUCCCACAAACUUAA